AUAAAGAGCGGAGGCGUGCAGGGACGCUCACAUGCAUGUACAACCACCAUCCAACUGAACCCCUGCUGACAUCCAAACACUUCUCUGCUUCCACGGGCUGUUUUUGGAGAGAAACAAAAAAUCAUCAUGUCCUUUGAGGUGAAGGAGAAGACCGAGGUGCGUCUCGUCUUUCUGGGGGCGGCUGGAGUUGGGAAGACGGCCCUGAUCCAGCGCUUUCUCCAAGACACUUUUGAACCCAAGCACCGGCGCACGGUGGAGGAGCUGCACAGGAAGGAGUACGAGGUGGGGGGCGUCAAAGUCACCAUCAACAUCAUGGACACCAGCGGCAGCUACUCCUUCCCCGCCAUGCGCAAACUCUCCAUCCAGAGCAGCGACGCCUUCGCCCUGGUCUACGCCGUGGACGACCCCGCAUCCCUGGACGCGGUCAAGAGUCUGCGCGACGAGAUCCUGGAGGUCAAAGAGGACAAGUACACGCCCAUUGUUGUGAUAGGCAACAAGGUGGACCGCCACGACGAGCGCCGGGUGUCCAGCGAGGACGCGCUGUCCACGGUGGCGCUGGAGUGGAACCACAGCUUCCUGGAGUCCUCCGCCAAGGACAACGUGAACGUGCGGGAGGCCUUCAGGGAGCUGCUCCAGCAGGCGAACCUGCCCAGCCGGUUCAGCCCGGCGCUGUGCCGGAGACGGGAGACCAUCCCCAAGGAGAGCCCCAAAAGACCCCCUCUGAACAAGAACAACAGCUGCCUCAUCGCGUAAUGACGCGCGGCCGCUCGGAGGGCAGAGACAGAAAGGAGAGGGGGGGGGGGGGGGGGGCGCACAUACCAAGAGGCUGCUGAGAGUGUUUAGACUCUGAGGAGAAACACGUCGGUCUGUCAAACUAAUGCUACGGUGUUGCCAUGACAACCAGAUGCCCACAGAGAGGAGAGUUGAACCGUUCCAAUGAUGCAAAUCAUGAGACGAUGCUCCAAUAAACCGCGUCAGAGAGGAAGCAGCUGCAUCAUUUUCACUGAAAUGUGUUUCGGGUUAGAAAUGCGCAGCAGCUGUGAAGUGAUGCGUGUUGGUGACAAAGUGUGUGUGUGUGUGUGUGUGUGUGUGUGUGUGUGUGUGUGUGUGGUUUGCUUUACGAGGUGAACAACAGAGAGACAUCGUUCAUCUUCUGAAAGCAGCGCUGCAAACAUUGUGUUGUGAAUUAUUGUGUGUCACUUGGGGUUUAUUGUACUGACAUUUUUAAAUACAUACCUGCAGGUGGUGUCUUUUGGUCUUUGUGUGUCCGACUGAUAAAUCAUUUUGUCCUAGCGGGAGAAUUAAAAUGUCAUUUUCACAAUAAAAGCACCAGAGACCAAGGAGAUAUUGGAUCAUCUUCUGGAGUGCUUAUUUGAAAUAAAAAAAAUUAAAACCUUUGGUAAUAACUUCAGUCACAUUGAUGCUCAUCUUAGCCACUGUGAAUGUUAAUGUGGGCGGUUCUGAGCAGACCAAAAGGAAACGUGUGUGUUUUUAUGUUGUGAUUCAAAUAAAUGAUCGGGGUAUGUUUUAGAGUAAGUUAUCGCAGCCCGAAUAAAGAACAAAACAAGUCAGUUUGGAGCAGUAGGACAUUUUUUAUUGUUGUGUGCCGUCAAUUGUAUAAUAAUUCAUUCUGUGUUGGCAAAUGGAUCAACUUGUCCAUUAAAUGGCGUAUUUGAUGAAAGUGACACGGUGUUGUUAUCUUGAGCGCUGGUCUGACCAGAAAUGUAAGUUUUAAAAGUGCUGAGUCACUUUGCCAACAUGUCUGUGAUUGGUGUUCAUUGUGAUCAAUGAUCCCUUAAUAAAUGGGUAAUCCUGGUGAAAUAAAAGUAAAUUAUGGAUUCAUUG